CUGUGCUUUAGAUUUGCCAGAGCAUAAUGUCAUUCUUGACGUUAAGACGCGCUGGAAUUCUCUCUUCCUGAUGGUGGAGAGAUUUAUGGAGCAGUUUGAUGCAAUCCAGGCAGCUGCUCUGGAUCUACGGCUGAGGAAGCCUAUGGAGAAGGACAAGCUAGAGAGGUUCACGCACACCGAUUUAAUGAAGGCAGAGGAGUUUAUUAAGUGCAUGCAAGUCCUGUACACGUCAACCAUGUGUGUGUCAAGUGACAAGUCACCCACAUGCAGCCAAAUCAUCCCCAUCCUAGCCAAGCUGGAGGCACAUUUCAGACGAUGUGAUGAAGACAGUGUUUUCACCUCUUCAAUAAAAGAGAAAGUCUGGGGUAGUCUGCAGAAAAGAUAUCAGGAUGAAAACCUUCAGAAAUUUCUGAAGGAGGCCACGAUGAUGGACCCACGUUUUAAAGGUAGGCUAGGUGGUGAGGCAGCUACUGACAUCUGGGACAGGUUGGAGAAGGCAGCAGUUGCAAAUGCCACAGCAGCAGUUGCACAGCCUCCCACUGAGGACCCCAAAGCACACAGCGAGGUGGAUGAUGCUGACAUGGACAAGCCAGAACAAUAUCUAAGUAAGGUCCAGAGGUCACCCUUAGAAAAGCUGUUUGAGGAUGAAGACAGAGAGCUUCAACAGACUGCUUCUCAAGCGGGUAGAGUCCCCUCAAUCACAGAGCAGGUACAGAAGGAGCUUCAAAUAUACAAAAGACUGCCAGGAAUUACCUCUGGACAAGACCCUGUGGCCUGGUGGUGGAGUAAGAGGGAUACACUCCCCAAUUGA